GGUUUAGAACGUACUUCUUGGGAAUCACAAUUUAAUACGAUUCCUGAACCUCUGACAUCUGAAGAACGCAAAUUACAUUUAGCAACAUUCUCAGAUGUUGCGCUUUCUUCUGAUGCAUUUUUCCCUUUUUCAGACAAUAUCCAUCGAGCUCGUCAAUCUGGUGUUAAUUAUGUUGCCGCACCAAGUGGUUCUAUACAAGAUCAAGCUGUAAUACAAGCUGCUGACGAACAUGGCAUG